CUGCAUGAUCUGUGGGCCAGGUGAGUCGUGAGUGUUAGCACGAGGAGUGGGUGUGGUGUCAAUAUCACAGUCUGUGUGACCUACUACAUAUAGGCUAGAGGCAAACUGGUGAGGCAGCUUUUGGUUUACAGAAAGCAGCAGCAGCGGGACGCGGGCUGUAGCUCAGUAGCCCAGAUUUCCAGGGAAUCUCACGUCAGCUGCUAAGCUUGCAAGAUGAACUUCAAGAACUUUAGGGAGUACCUGGCCUGGCUGUACUACCAGUACCUGCUCAUCACCGGCAUCUAUGUCCUGGAGCCCUGGGAAAAGUCCAUCUUUAACUCCAUCCUCUUCUCCGUCAUCGCCAUGGUGAUCUACACCUCGUAUGUAUUUGUGCCCAUCCACGUGCGCCUUGCACUGGAGUUUUUCUCUGGGAUCUUUAGCAGCCAACCUGAGAGCACCAUGGCACUCAUGAACUAAAAGAUGGAGGGAAUACGGAGAAAAAAGAGGCGACGAAUGGGUGGAUUAGCACAAGUCCCCAAAUAAUUCCUUAUAACUCAACUCCUCAUCUCCCAGAGCACUUUGAGCCCCUUUUUACACCACAUUCAUCCUUAACCUCAGCUAGACUGAAAACAUGAAGACAAUCUGGAAAUCAGAGCCUUAUUGCCUUCUUUACAUCCCAAACCCUCUGGCCUUACCUCAUGGUAUUAGACACACAAUGCUACAUUACUUUCACACCUCGCUGUGUAGUUGGUCCUGUUUGUUUGUGUCUUUCUCACCAUAAUGUCCUGUAUGAAUGCAUACCACAUCUGGGUUUUGCAUGAUAAGGUCAUACAUUGGUAGUAUAUUCCGGCAAUGUAGAUUAAAAAGAGGGAGCGUGUAAUUGAAGCAUCAGAGGCCGAGAUAUUCUGUCUUUCGAGUCUAAACCCUAAAUCACUGGAUCCUACAUCAGCCAUAAAGCAACUCGAUAAGGUCUUUUGGCAGACCAUCCCUCCAUCACUCCACUAUUUACUAUACAGUGCACUAAAUGAACUCUGCCGUUUUAUAGUAACUGAAUUUGAAGUGUGAAUUGUAUGCACUACUUAGAACGUUGGACAAUGGAGCCAACAAGUAAACGUUUUGCUACCAAUCCCAUAAUGUAACUGCAUUUUAUAGAUGUGAAAAUUACCAUUGUGUGAUUUUACAGCUGUCAAUGAUGACGCAAAAUGACAAUGAUUCAUAAGUGUCUGAAUUCCUAAUUUACUGCUCAAUACAGAGUUAACUAUUUAGUGUUUAUUACAUAAGGAGUAGUGAACAAGUGAACGAGGGAGUAAUUUCAGACACAGCCUUGAGCCUCAGAGCCACAGAAGACGUUCUGUUUUUACAGGCUGAGUAGGACUCGCUGUGACGGGUAAACUGAACUUGAUGUGUACAAUUGGUUGCGUGCCCCUUUAAGUAUCUGUGUGUCUGUGUUUAUCUGCUGCAUCUGGGAUGCCAUGUUAUCUCUGAUUGUGAAUCGCUCUCUGAUAAAAGUUAGAGUUAGAACUCAUCCCAACAUUUUUGCACUUAAUGUCACUAGUUGAUCUAUGGUUUUGUAUCAGAACCACUAUCACCUUCUUUUUUUAGUGGCCUUUAUGCACUAUAAUGCUAACUAGUAGUGUACAUUGCACAAGUCAUUGAGUAGCUGAUAUUUAAAGAGAAAGUUGAUAGAAACGCCCAAGCUAGGCAAUAAAUCUAAAAGUGUGAAUUUACAGAUUUACUGGUCAAAGACAGUAAUAAAACUGAAUAACAGCCUAGAUGUGUGCCGAGCCCUCUCUUUAUCUCCUGUCUUCUUUAACUGUUGGUAGGUCAGACAGGUGUGCUCUGCACUCAGCAAAUAUUGAUACAACACAGCCUUGGCUUUGUUAAUGACGUAGCUUUACUUAAUCAACAGCCUCUGAACUCAAAGCAUAACUGUCUGAUGUCACACGCAAAAUGACCUGAGUGAAAGCCAAAAACUAAAAACUGUCUUCCUCAUCUAUAGUUGAUCUAUAGAGAAUGAACCACAGAGAGAACGAGUCGUAGUGUGUCUGGUAGUUGUGAUUGCAUUUAUUUGUGUGCUUAAGAUAAUCUUUGAUUAUUUGUGCUUUGGGUCAAGGGCUCACUGAUUACAGUCUAAGCAUGAUCUCUAAGUUAAUUCUAUUUAUAUGCCGUUAUAUAUUUAUAUACACUGGUAAAUGCUUGGCUGGUUACAAUGUAAAUUACCAAACCUUUUUUUGAUUAAUUUAUAUCUGUGUUCCCAGUUUGUGUCCUUUCAUUUCGGUUUUGUUAAACACUUGUAGUCCCAGACAUUUCCUGUACCAAGACUGAAGAGCUCGUUUAUACAUGAUAGCAACAUAUCACUGCAAUAUUCAGAAAAUAAAGA